AUGUCCAACAACAACAAGGUGAAGGGUCUCCUGAAAGGUUUAAGAUUCAUUUCUCAGAUGUUCGAUGAGAAAGAUUCAGACAUUCAGAUUGGUCAUCCCACAGAUGUAAAGCAUCUAGCACAUAUCGGAUGGGAUGGCCAAGGUCUCUCUGACAAUAACCCCUCCUGGAUGAACGAGUUUAAAUCUGUCCCAGGGAAUUCAUCUGCAUCUCACAGUCGUAAAGGAGACAUUAAAGAAUCCAAUAGUUCAAUCCAAAGGGCCUCUGAAGAUUCAAUGGAAAGAAGUUCAAGAUCUGUGAAAGGUGAUGAAAGGCAUUCGUUCGAGUCGGCAAAAUGUAAACAACAUUCAAAUUCAACGGGGAAUGUAAGAGAGUCUCAGGCAAAGGAAAAAUCUGACAGACCAAGGCGUUCAAAAAAGUCAUCAAAAUCAUCGCACCAUUCGCAUGAAUCAUGUCAAGCAUCGAAAGAUACCGACCACGACAUGCACACGGGUGAUAAUUCCCACCAACAAGAAGACAGUGAUUUGGCGGCGCCUAGAAAGUCACGUCCGAAGAUGUCAAAAGAUGGUUCCAAUGUUGGUGGUGCCUCAAGCAAAGGAAGAUCAAAAUGCGAAGGCCAUGGGAGACGUAGCUCCAAAUUAGCUAACAAACAUGAGUCUUUACAAGAAGAUGGACACGUUGAGACAACAAAGUCUACAGAAGAUACAGGAAAAAGUAACCUAAAUGGACAGUGA